GUGUCAAGAAAACGAUUUUCUACUGGCUAUACUGUUGAACCAUGGCAACUCCAUAUUUUGCUGACUUUGAAGUUGUGCCACCAAUUUUUGCUGAAAUAGAUGAUGAUCUCUGGGCUGAUUGUCAAGCCGAUUAUAUUUCAAUGUGGCAACGAAAUUCCCCAAAGUUUAUGGAGGAACAAAAGAAAAAAAUGAUUUUGAUGUCAUUAAGCCCAUUUCUGUUUGGUGUAUCUCUCAAUUUACCUAAAGUAUGGAUUGAUAUUCUUCAUCAGUACGGUAUUCUAGAAGAUCAUAGGAAAGAAAAAAUAUCAGCUUUUAGUAAGGGAGAGCUAGAAAUGAUAGAUAUGGUAGAAGCAAUUUUUACUCGAUGCUCUCAGCUUGUGGAUAACAAGCUGGACCUAAAAACUAUACUUAAUUUUAUUUACGAAGUGGAAGAAAGAUCAAAACGGGAAAUAGAUAUUACAUACGCUGUUAAAGAAGUUGCUGAACUAGAAGUUUUUAAAAGCAUGUGGGCCCCGCUAAAAAAACAUUUUGACCGCAGAAACAAACAGCCACAUGUGUGUAUGAUUUAUUUUUUCAAAACAAUUCAUCAUCAUUUAGUAUCAUAUGGAAGGGAUGGUGUGGAUAAGGCUGACUUUACUCGGAAACUUGUAGCCUCAAGAAAUCUGUUAAAAAAUGAUGUCAACAUAAACAGAGGGCUAGCAGCAUUUGAAGAAGGAAACUAUACCUUGGCACUGGAAAUAUUUACAUUACUACUUAAGCAUGACCCAUUUAACAGUUUAUUAUAUAGUAAGAGAGCUGAAACGUAUAAAAAGUUAGACAACAAUUGGGAAGCUUUGUGUGACUGUAUCAGAGCUGUAGCAUUGGACAAGAAAUCUGCUGAGAAUUGUCUGGAGGCCGCCCGGCUGUAUCUACACUUUAGUUAUAUCGACAAGGCUGAGGAUAUGAACAAAACAGCCAUGAAAAAUUCUUCGGAUUCAUCCAUCAUAAAGUCUUAUAACCAGCUGCAGCAGGAUAUUGAAGCUUUCAGUCUUCAAGGGAGGUCAAAGAGCAGGAACAAAGAGAGGGACAACACGAGCGUGGAGAAAGUGGAGGAAAAAGAAAACGAGCCUCCUGAGGAUGGAUUACCCAUGACAGAAUAUAUUGUAAAUUUAUCCAACGGAUCCAGUGCAUACUGGAUGAAGCAGUAUAAUAAAGCCAUUGAAUCAUAUCAAAAUGCUAUGAAUUUAUUAUCGAAAUAUGGUGCAAAGGUAUUUAAUGUAGAAGAUAAAGAUGUGAUGGUGUUACAUUUUGUCUAUGGCUUAGCUUGUAUUCGAUCUUCUAAUUUGAAUAAUGUACAAAAUGCAAUCGACAAAUUUCUUACAAUACUUAGAUCACCUGAGCCUUUUUUGGCUGUGUAUUAUGGAUUAGGGGAGGCUUAUUUUUUACUUAAUAGAAUUGAAGAAGCAAGACAGUAUUUAAAACUAGGAUUGGAAAAGUUGAAAAAUAUUGAGCAGGAAGACUUGGUCAAGUGGCCACAGAGUAGUAAAUCAAUAGAUGAAACAAAUCACAGUAAAUUACUGAAAUUAAUGAAAGACCGAUUAGAACAAUGCACUUUACCAUCCAAGUCUGAUACCAUAUGUCCAUUUCAUCUUGACGCAGAGAAUAGUUCCAGAGAAAUUUUAUAUAAUUACCCUGAUUAUAAGGGUUCCGUGAUAUUAAACUGCAGCGCCAAAUGUGUUUUAACUUUCCACUCUGUGUGUUGGAAGCUGUACAAGCAGGGUUUGACAGAAAAAUAUUUAGACAAGGACAUUCUAGACAAACCCUGCCCCACCUCCGGCUGCUGGGGACUUAUACGGUGUAUUACAAUAGAGAAACCUGGGAUAGACAAGAAGCGCAAGUUUAUUUCAUCAUCCAUGAAUGAACGACCUAUGCACAUACCAAGACCAAUGGUGAAGACUAGAACAGAUAAUCCAGAGAAGUUACAGAAGAAAGCAGAGAAGAAAAGGUUGCGGAAGGAAAGAAAGAUGGAGGUGAAGCUGCAGGCACAACAACAGCAGGAGGUGCAGAAGUUGGAGGAGGAGAAGCUUCUCAAUGGCUGCACAUCAGUGCCUGAAGAAGAGGUUCAAUUGCGAGUAGCAGACCAUCAAGUGACAGUAUUAAAGAAAGAUCUAGAGGAAAAAUCUGGGGGUAAACACAAGUCUUCCAAACCUAAGAAGAAGAAAGAAAAGGUGAAAAAUAUUUUGGCUGUUGACUUCCAGUUUAAAGGGGAUGAAGAAAAGACGAGAUACAGUGCAUAUUCAGUUGAUGAUGUCCAGACCAGCCCUACUGUUUACAUCAACCCUGGCCUGCUGCCACUUCCUGGUACUGGACCCAUGCCACUGGGGGAUGGUCUACUGCCAGCACCAGCUGCUGUAGACAACUGUACAGAAGAUCUCUUUCAAUUCUUCCUUGAGUUUGUCAAAUCUGAAGGCAGCAUAGAACUGGAGGGGGAGACAAUGACCAACAUGGUUCAAUCCCUACCCCCAGAGGCUACCCGUCGCAUCGAAGCCUUCGGCGGCAUCUCACAAUUCCUAGCCUCAAAUUCAAACUUUGUUAUAAAAAACAAGACAGUCAGUUUACUCGCCACAGAGGUGGCUGUUGUAGCAAAAAACCCUUUCUCGUGGGAGGAGAGAAAAAGAGCUUUUGAAGCCGCAAACUCACAGAAACCUGCUGCGGAAACUAAACCAGAGGUAAAAACUGAGAUAAAAGUUACCCAGCCUCGGACGUUGAACCCGGCGGCUAAAGAGUUCUACCCUCCGUCAAGCAGCUUGAGAAGCAGCUACAGCGACAUCAACACGCUGGACAUGACCAACAACAUGUCCGGUGAUUCAGGCAUCACUUCAUUGGAUGUGGAUAACGGGUUUACGAUGGUCAGGUCAAAAAAGAGCAACCACACGCGGUUGGCCAUUAGCGAGACGCCGGUGUCUGCGGGCAGUCAGGUGGAUGUGGCUAGACAGCUGUUUAAGUCCACGCCACUGCAUGUUGAUGAUGAAAAGUUUGAGCAAAACACAGAGGGUUUCUGUGAGUUCUACAACCUGGCAGACAAACCGGGGCCAGCUAAAAAUAUAUCUGGCAGAGACUCAGACACAUCAGAUCUUUCCGCUGAAGAUUUCCAAAAAUCCGACUCUCCUGUCCUGUCAAUUAACUCUAGCUCCUCCUCUGGCCUACGUUCUGCCAAGGAUUCACAUCCGCUCCCAAAACCCCUCAAAAUUCCAAAAAUUCAACUGGCCAGCCGGGGCAAAAAGAAAUCUCUCCAUGGUCACUUAACUAGGUCUGUGCCGUCAGUCUUUGGGCAAGUUCGCCCACCAUCAGCAGAAAGCAGUGUGGCCAGCAGCAAUGUUGCAGAUGAUGAUGACGUCCAGUCAAUAACGUCCACCCAGUCGGACAAAGACAGUUUGAGUGAGGCACCAAGGCAGAGUCCUGUUAAAACAACGUCCGGUUGGAUAGGCGUCGAACGGGCAGAUAACCCUUUCAAGACUGAAAUCAAAGAGAGUGACCUCCCUUUUCCAGGCUUUUUAACUGAAACUUCUUCUUCUUCUCUGUACCAAAGGCCUCAAAAUUUUAGUCCAACUGUGACUAACAUCAGUGAUGACCAAACGCCAGUGAAAUCGAGAUACAGGGAUAUUUUUUCCACCGAACAGUUCCCAGCAAGUAUCUGGGGGGUCACUGACAUCAGGACCCCUGACGCCUGGCCUGAUAAAAAUUUCUUCCCGUCAUUCACGUUGGAUUCAUCAGUGCCAAGUUUAUCUGGCGAUACCAUCAUGCCUGCUGCUACAGUCUCCAAAGCACCAAAGGAAUCUCGGGUGUUGAAACUUCUUGAGACGAAAACUGCCCCGAGCAUCACAUGGACUAAAAGUGACCCAACAGACUGGCCUGAAUUAAGUCCCGGGUCAUUCUUUGACCCACCUGCUCCAGAUUUUCACUUCACAUCAGAACCGGAAAAUUCCGGUUGCUUGGAUAAUGACCCGCUCUCCUCCACACCAACAUCCAACUGUCAGUCGUUUUCUUCUUCCACGCUAGACCCAAUGGACAGACCUGUACUGGCAUGUAAGGGCCCCUGGAUUCCUCCGCCUGACAUUCCAGUCACAAACUCCCCGCUGCUCCAGCCUUCAAUUCUAGCACCGCUAAACACUAGCGCCAUGGGGUGGAUGUUAUCUGGCCUUCGCUCGUCCCUAGACUCACCUUUAGCUGCGUCAGACAUGAACCUACCUGCAGGAGAGUACCAGCUUAAACUGGAACCCAACGGGAAUUUCUCCCGCACGCCCGGCAAAAAAAAUCCCUUCUCCGUCAACAACGGGUCGAGCCGACCAGAAAGACGCAGCUUGUUUAAAAAUUCGCAGUGCAACGAACCGUUUUUCCCGCUCUCCAGGCUGGAAGAGUCUUCUUCGGAGUAUGGGACCAGAGAUGCUUCGUUUCAGACAGCUUGGACAGAGCUGAGUCAGCUGUCAGCAGGCAGUCAGACGGAUUUAACUUCGGAAGUCCUGGGAAAGUUUUUAGAUAACUACCAUAGGGAGAAAAAUGAGAACCGCUUGUAUAAGGAAGCAAUGAAGGAAAUUCAAGAAAAGACAGCUUUAAUCCUUAGGCUCCAGAGUGAAAAGGAUAAGCUGAUAGAAACUGUUGAAUUCUCACAAAAAUCACUCAGACAGGUAAAGUUAGAAAAAGACAUGCUCAGACAGGAGAAUCAGACACUUAAAGCAAAAUUAGAAGCUGCUGACUCUAGGCUGAAGGAAGGAGCAGAAAACAAGUUGAUCUUUGAAAAAGAGAAAAAAGCUGCACAUCUGAAGGUCUUGGAGCUUUCAAUGGCCUUGGCACUAAAAGACCUGGAACUGAAGAGAGUUGAUGCCAACAUGCACAUUCAGAAGCUUGGAGCUUUGAUUAAAAAAGGUGAGAACACGGUAGAAGGAAGUGAAGGUCUUCAGGAGCUGAAGAAGAAAAGCAAAGAGUGGACAGAGUAUAUGAAACUUUGUGAUGCUCAAGUGGACGAGACAAGUGUCAUCUACAGUGAAAAAAUAGAGUUACUGAACCAGAAAGUUCCCAUCAGUGAACUUGAACCUCUAAUACUGACUCCACCAACUCCUCCCUCACCACCUUCAGAUAGUUUUUCGAACAGACAAAUUCAUUUUAGAGAAAUUAAUGAUGAUAUUGGGAUAAAAGCAUCAGCAAAAUUGGACAUGAUAUUUAAAAAAAACACAGAAAAAGAAGAAAGAGUUGACACUCCAAGAGUUGACAGUCCGAGAGUUGACAGCCCCAGAUUUGACAUUGCAAGAAUCAGCAGCCCGAAAAAUAUAAGUCUAGACAAAGAAGAUCUGAUUGAAACAAAUGGCCUGUCCCAGACCAGCAGUGGCAGCAGCAGCCCAUCUCUCUCAGCUGGGGCCGAGUCACCAACACGCCAGCCUCUGGCCUUGAACCCCAGGAACCCAGCCAUCAGACCUGUCUUUAGACCCAUCACCAGGGGCGCUCCUCUCCGUCCACUGAAAUCUGUCGCCACCGUGCCUCGCCCAUCCUCAUCUCUCAAUGCUCAACCGCAGACGUCGUUUGAAAAACUUGUCCAAAGAAUCCAGGAAACAUUCCCCAGUUCCUCAAGGACUGAGAUCCAAAAAAUAAUUUCACAGCUUCGAAGUGAAAAUGGUGGAUCAUUGUCCAGGUUCACAGAAGAUCUGCUGACAAGGCAUAUAGCAGAGAGGAUCAUAGAGAAGGAUGCUGCCACUAGCCAGCCAACCAGCAAAUCAAACGAGCUGUCCACCAGUAAAGUCUCACGCACAGUGUCAGACAACACUUGCACCAUCUGCAGGGAGCUCAUCAACUACAACAAGGCUCAGACCCUGGACUGCUCUCAUAGGUUCCAUGAACAUUGUAUCAAGAAAUGGUUUGAGGAAGAAAGAUCUUGCCCCAACUGUCGAUCUUUUGUCUUGCCCAAAGAUGAAUACCCAACCCUAAGAUGACAGCUCAUCAUAUAGUUCGUGUAACCAAUUUGACAAGGUGUAACUACUGGUAGAACAGCCAUAAUCAUCAUGUACAUUAGAUUAAAAUUUUUAUUUUCACUUUGUUUCUGCAGGGAUACUUAUGUUUUAAUUUGUUGGGACCAAAAAAAAAAGAUUACUUUUAGCUGUUUACAUGAUGGAUAAUUUUACCCAUCAUUAGUCUUUUUACCUAUGUUAUUUUAGUGAGCAACAUUUUAAAAAUAGCCUUUUUCUUACUUGUAUAAAGCCAAAUAAUUUUAGAAUUCUGUUGUUUCUUCCCUUGUUAAAUAUUUUGUUGGCUUCCAGUACUGUCAUAUUUUUAAAAAAAAUAGUUUAAAAAAAUAUUAAGUCAUAAUUGUGGAGGUGCAACUGCUGAAAUAAGUUAAUGAGAAUUUCAUCUCAUGUUUGACUCAACUUCCCUGUGGAAGAUUUUCUUUUAGUUAUGAUUUUUAUUGACACAUUUUUUUUAUUCUUCUGCUUUUAACCCUCUCUCUUUUCCUUUCAUCUUUUCAAGCUUAAUAAUUCUAGUAUGUACUAUUGAUUUUAAUCAUUUUGGUUUUUAAAUUUACAACUUGCCUUGUCUCUCAUUUAUUAAAUCUAUUUCUUUAACUUAUUAGACAAAGGCAGCUGUAUAUUUAUUUACUCAUUAGUUAUCCAACACUAAUCUUUCAGUAGUUUGAUAUCUCAUAGGGUAAUAUCCCUUGAGUGUUGGAUUUUUAAAAAUAUUUAAUUUGACAUGAACCGAAUGUGUUUUUAAGCUACGUGUGUUUUUAAAGACAUCAUACAUUUAUGAAAGAUGUCAAAUGGUUCAUUUAAUGCAACUCACAUUUUAAAUUUUAUAAAAGGGGUAUCCUCUUGUCAGAUGUAAUUAUUUUUUACAACUAAAAACAAUAAAAAUGUUAUUUUA